AUGCAGGCUGCAGUGGUGAGAGGUUGCUUGGUGCUCAGUGUCUGGAUGAUUGCUGCUACCCAGGCAGGAACACGUUUCCAAGAUGUGGCAGAGUUCAGGAGGACUGGCCAUGAAAAUCACCACAUACAUGGCUGGUCCCCAGACAGCAGCUCUUGGGAUGACCAGCUUUAUCCUGCCUGGAAAUCUGGUGAUCCUAGAUGGGAAAACUGCUGGAGAGGUGGCAAAGUAGUGGCACUGUUGACCAGUGACAGUCCUGCACUGAUAGGGUCAAAUAUUACAUUUGCUGUGAAUCUACGUUUUCCCAGAUGUCAAAAGGAGAAUGAAGAUGGGGAUGUAGUCUAUGAACGAGGAUGUGCUAAUGCUUCCUUUAGUGAUCAGUAUGUGUAUAACUGGACCAAAUGGGUACCAUUCUGUAAUGAAGGAAACUGCAGUUUUUCUAGCAAGUUUCCAGAUGGAAGACCAUUUCCUCACCACCAUGACUGGAGACGCCGUAACUUCAUCUACAUCUUCCAAACACUGGGCCAGUACUAUCCGACAACUGGAAGAUCUUCAGCUGUUCUCUCAAUAAAUACUACAAACAUCACAGCUGGUGCACAGAUGAUCGAGGUGACUGUUUUUAGGAGAGGCUACAGAAAACAUUACCCUGUUGCUAAAGCGAGUGGCUUGUAUAUUGUAACAGAUCAAAUUCCUUUCUAUGUGAACAUCUCACAGAAAAAUGACAAGAAUUCCUCUGACCACAUCUAUAUCAAAGACUCUCCAAUUUCAUUUGAUAUUAAAAUCCAUGAUCCAAGCCACUACCUAAACAAAUCUAUUCUGUCUUUCAACUGGACCUUCGGUGAUGGCAGUGGCACCUUUGUUUCCAAUAACCCAGUCUCCACUCAUACAUACACCUUGCUUGGAAACUUCAGUCUGAAGCUAACAAUCAAAGCUGCUAUUCCAGGACCCUGUAAACCAGUUACACCUACUCCCCUUCCUACAACAGGAGCCCCAACCACACCUCAUACUACAAUACAUACAACUGGUAACACAACUGUGCCACCCUUUCCGCUAACUACAGGAAGAACAUAAUGCUACUACCCAUGUUAUCUCCACUACCCAUACAACUAUACCAACAACUACUUCAGUUCCUGGGUGCUUUAUCUACAGAUAUGGCUACUACACCACAAAACAUUACAGUUGCAGAUGGCAUCCUUGGUGUGAAUAUUAUUGAAAUGAACACUAUCAAAGUGUCUCAGGCUGAAAAUUCUUUAAUAGAUUUUGUGAUAUCCUGUGAAGGCAGCAUGCCUACAGAUGCUUGCACAAUUGUUUCCGAUACUUCAUGCAUGAUUCCUCAGAACAUGGUAUGUGAUCAGAUUCCAGCUUCAGACCAGUGCCUCUUGACACUACGCAGAGCAUUUGCAGAACCGGGAUCCUACUGUGUUAAUAUUACACUAAGUGAUGAUGCAAGUCUGGCUCUUGCAAGUACCCUGGUCUAUGUAGAUGGAGGAUCAGGAACAAAGACUACCUCUGUAGUCCUGACUAUACUUGGAUUGGUGGUCCUUGUUGCAACAGUGGCCGGUGUCAUUCUGUACAGGAAAUAUAAGGAGUACAAGCCCAUCAAGAAUGCAACAGAUGGAAGUGGCAGUCAGAUCAGUGUGUACUUCAGACAAGUCAAAGAUGUCUUGUUUCAUGGAAGCCACAAUGAGCAUGAUCCCCUUCUGAAAAACAAAGCUGGAAUUAUAUAG